AUGUUUCUUCAAUGUGCUAGUUCUCACUUGAGCUAUGUUAAUGUUGCAGAAAAAUUACAACUUGAUAGGUUAUUAGGAUCGUGGAGAUCUCAUCAGAGAUCGAAUAAACUUAGUAAAAGAAGGAUUUUUCAGAAAUCUGCUGUGAAAAUGUGUGAUAAUUCUGCAUCCACUUUGCAUCUGAAUCUCCAACGAUCAAAGAAGGUUUGGAUAUGGACUGAGUGUAAAGAGGUCAUGACGGUUGCGGUGGAACGCGGAUGGAACACGUUUAUCUUCUCAUCAGACAAUCGACAACUUUCGGAUGAGUGGUCAUCGAUUUCCUUGAUGGAUACAUUGUUUAUCGAUGAGAAGCAAGUUAGUGAUGGUGCGGGAAAAGUUGUAGCUGCGGUCUUUGAGGUUUCAACACCCGCGGAGCUGCAGAAACUGAAGAUCGAAAAUGAACAGGCGGAAAAUGUUGUUCUUAAUUUCUUAGACUGGAAGUCAAUCCCGGCAGAAAAUCUAGUGGCAGCUCUCCAAGGAAGUGAUAAAACGGUGUUUGCCGUUUCUAAUACUCCCUCGGAGGCAAAACUAUUCCUUGAGGCGUUAGAGCAUGGCCUCGGCGGAAUCAUUCUUAAAACUGAGGAUGUUAAAGCUGUUCUUGACCUAAAGGAGUACUUUGACAAAAGGAAUGAAGAAAGUGAUACAUUAAGCUUGGUGGAAGCCACUAUAACUCGGGUUGAAAUGGUCGUCGGUAUGGGAGACAGAGUCUGUGUUGAUCUUUGCAGCCUCAUGAGAGCCGGUGAAGGUCUUCUUGUUGGAUCCUUUGCAAGAGGACUCUUUCUGGUUCAUUCGGAAUGCAUGGAGUCUAAUUACAUUGCAAGCAGACCAUUUAGAGUUAACGCUGGGCCGGUGCAUGCUUAUGUCGCUGUUCCAGGUGGAAAGACGAGUUACCUCUCAGAGUUAAGGACCGGUAGAGAAGUAAUCGUCGUUGAUCAGAAAGGAAAGCAACGAACAGCAGUCGUUGGGCGAGUGAAAAUAGAGAAGCGUCCGCUUAUCCUUGUGGAGGCUAAGCUUAGUGCAAAAGAGGAGGAAAUGGGGUUUAGCAUCAUCCUACAGAACGCUGAAACAGUUGCAUUAGUAACUCCUCAUCGAGUAAACUCAUCUCGGGAAACUGCUGUUCCAGUGACCUCGCUGAAACCCGGGGAUCAAGUUUUGAUCAGGAUACAGGGCGGUGCACGCCAUACCGGUAUGGCGAUACAGGAAUUCAUUGUCGAGAAUUAA